AGGGAGGUCCUCGGUCCCGGGUGGGUGGGGCGAGCGGGACUAUAAAUCCCAGAUCUCAAUUUCCCCUGCCCGAAGCAGAUCCCACUCCUUCCUCCCGCGUAUCCACCGCCAGCAUCCCUGCAGCCAUGAAUCCCCUGAUGCUUCUCGCCCUAUCUGCUCUGGUCUUCGGGGUCUCAGCUGACAUCCGCUGUAACUCAUGCGACAAAGUGCCCGUGAUCGGCUGCCUGCAUUGGAAAUCUUGCCUCCUGAAAAGUGGUCAACAGUGCCUGACAACUAACGUGUACUUGGGUAAAAUGUGGCUGUACUCCAGACUGCGCUGUGGGACAGAGGAGGAGCCGUGUGUGACGGCCGUCAACAAGACUGACCGCACCCUGGGCCUCAACUACAACACAACCUGUUGCAACUCAGAUUCCUGCAACAGUGCGGCCCCUCCCCUGCGUCAGCCCCUGCCCCUGGCCUGGCUAGCAGCCGUUGGGGCCUUGGGCUUGUGGCUAUUCCACUGAGGGACUCUCCCACUGGUCCCUUCCUCCCCCUUCAGCCCUGCAGGUUCCCCCCACGUAAACCCCUAUGCCACGCGGCGGGGUCUGGACCUGGGCCUAAUAAAUGAAGACCCCGGAAGGGAGGUGACGACCCCCGCCUAGAGCAGGAUCCGAGUCCCUGCCCCUCUCUCCCACUCCUCGUCAGGAAGCCCCCUGUUUCUUGGUUUCAAAAAUAAAUGUCAGUCCCCCA